AUGUGUCGGAUUUGGGAUGAAGACUCUCGAGACAGGGUGAGCUAUUAUAAGAGUAUAGGUCCAAUGAAGAACAAAAAGAAUGGACCCCAACAUCGAGGAAAACCGUACUCGACCCCUCUUAAGCAAUAUGGUAACCGCCCCAACAAUCAGAAGAUUGUUGCCAUGGGAUUUGCGGGUGGUAGUGGUAGCAAACCCAAUACCUUCCCUACUCAUAUCACUUGUUACAGAUGUAGUAAGCCAGGGCACAUCUCCUCAAAUUGCCCUGAUAAAGGCAUAACAUGUUUUAAUUGUAGACAAAAGGGGCAUUGUCAGAGAGAUUGUCCACAUCCCAAGAGGGAGCAAAAUGGUGGGGGCCUGAAUGACCAAAUUGGACAUCCAAAGGCCACUGGAAGAGUCUUUAUCCUUAACGGUGCUGAAGCUUUGAAAUCCAAAGAUCUAAUCCAAGGGAAACUUAAGCUUUCUGUGUCUUCUUUAAAUAAAGAUCUGGAGGUAGAGACCCCAACUAAUGGUUAUGUGUUAACUUCUAAGAUUGAUGUUAUUCUUGGUAUGGAGUGGUUAUCUUCAAACCAUGUCUUGUUAAACUGUUUUGAUAAAACUGUGGUGUUUGAUGGUCCUGGAGUGAGUAAGGAUAUGAUGUUUAUCUCUGCCAACCAAGUUGUAACAUCUUUGAAAGGAGAUGCUCAAGUGUACAUGAUCUUGUCUAACCUAGAAAUAAAGACAAAGGUUUCCAUGUGUGACCUCCCUAUUGUUAGGGAGUUUCCUGAAGUGUUCCAUGAGGAUAUAUUCGGUCUACCACCCGAGAGAGAGAUAGAGUUUUCCAUAGACCUGGUACCUGGUGCUGGACCUAUAUCCAUAGCCCCUUAUAGGAUGUCUCCUAUAGAGUUAGUCAAGCUUAAGAAAUAG